UGUGGUGAAUAUUUGAUGUGUCAACAGGUUAUUUUGGAAUGUUCGUCGUUUUCGGAACAAUAUCAUCAAAUUGAAUUUCCAUUUUAUCAAUUCAAGUCAAUCUCAAUCCAAUCCAUAAAAUCCUUAAUAAACUCUGUAACAAUUACGAACGAACCGAACUUCUUUCAACAAAAUCAACCUGUCUGAAGUAGAAUUUUAAAAUGUGAAAUUGUCAAUGUGAACGAGCCAUAACCAUAAUUGGAUUGUUGUUUUUAGAGUCGGUUACACAGCAACGAAUUGUGAAUACGCACACAAAGCAACAAAGCAACAAAGCCAUAGGCUUUGAUCACAUACACCUGGCUGAUUUGUUACAACAUUUCUUCACAAUUUGUUAUUCAUCCACAUAGCUGCACGGCAAGGGUGUGGUGAUAUUAAUUGAAACACUUUUGCUUCAGUGACAUAUACUCGCUGGUCGGUCUCUCGUAAUUUGUGUGUUGUGCUCGCGUCCAUUAUAAAUUGUUUUCUUGUUUUAGUCAAAUUAAAAACAAAAACAAAAGCAAAACAUUGUUUUGAUAUUCCCAAUUUUAUUGUUGAUAUUUUUUUUCACAAACAAAAGUGCUGUGAAUUUUAAGAGUCAACCUAAUUUAGAUUGUUUCAUCAGACGAAGAAAUUGAGCAAAUAAUUGUCGAACAAAAUGUGGAAAAUUUGUGUGUUUAUUGCGUUACUGCCCAUUUUGUGCUAUGCACAAAGAACACCAUCGAUUUCGUAUAUUACACAAGAGCAAAUUAAAGAUAUUGGUGGUACCGUUGAAUUGGAUUGUUCCGUUCAAUAUGCACAGGAGUAUACGGUUUUAUGGGUGAAAAAUAUCCGUGAACGUGGUGAUCCAGUCUUUUUGUCCACGGGGAGCUCAUUGGUCAUUCGCGAUUCACGUUUCGCCCUUCGUUAUGUUCCAUCCUCAUCCACCUACACGCUUCAGAUUAAAGAUAUUCAAGAGACCGAUGCUGGAACCUAUCAGUGCCAAGUCAUUUUGUCGGUCAACAAUAAAAUUUCGGCCGAUGUGGAUUUGUCGGUGCGUCGACCACCAGUCAUUUCGGACAAUUCGACACAAUCGCUCGUCGUCUCGGAGGGUAAACCAGUGCAAAUGGAAUGCUACGCCGGUGGAUAUCCACAUCCAACGAUCACAUGGCGUCGUGAAAACAAUGCCAUCUUACCCACUGGUGGUGCAACAUACACUGGUUCAAUUUUGAAGAUUAACUCGGUACGUAAGGAAGAUCGUGGCACAUACUAUUGCGUCGCAGACAACGGUGUUAGCAAAGGAGAUCGUCGUAAUAUCAAUUUGGAAGUUGAAUUCGCGCCCGUCAUCACCGUUCCACGGCCACGGCUUGGACAAGCUCUGCAAUAUGACAUGGAUUUGGAGUGCCAUAUUGAAGCCUAUCCUUUGCCAGCCAUUGUCUGGCUCAAAGACGAUGUACAACUGUCAAACAAUCAACAUUACAGCAUUUCACAUUUUGCCACCGCUGACGAAUUCACCGACUCAACCAUUCGUGUGAUCACCAUCGAGAAACGACAAUACGGCGACUACAUUUGCAAGGCCGUCAAUAAAUUGGGCCAAGCUGAAGCCAAGGUUCAUCUGUUCGAAACGGUCAUCCCGGUUUGUCCACCGGCUUGUGGCAAUGCUCAUUAUGGUGGCGCCGAAUUAAUAACACCAACCACAGCCGUUAUCCUCUUGGCCACUUUGAUAGCCGCUCUCAUGAGCUAAACCAUCACAACAACAAUAACAUCAACAACGGCGGAGUCAAACCGAUUUGCAACAUUCCCAUAGCAAUGUUUUAAUGUUUAGUUUAGAUGAAAGUCAAAUUUAAAAUCUCCGUAAACGUAAUCUCGAUCAGAUAUAUGAUUGGCACACAUCUAUCGGAAUCUCAUAGAAAUGUUUUGUUUUUAACCGCUAAGAGUCAACACAAAACCCGUCCAUUCUUUUCUCUCUGUUAGCUUACUUUAUAUCCUCACAUCACGUUGUCAAUGUUAACUCAAAUUCGCGGUAGUGGGUAAAACACUUAAAUCCAUCACAAAAAGAAACAAAUGAAAAUAACGAAAAUGAAUCACCGAUCAUUUUUUUUUUCAAUUGAUUCAAUAAUUGCCUUUCUGGUGUGCCUUCUUAUUGAAGAAUCUAUGAUAAUUAUUAAGACCCGAGUAUGUAAAUGUGGCAACUUUAGAACGACAUGAAAAAAAAACGACAAUUUUAGAGUUAGUAUUGUGACAAAUUAUAUAAAUAUUUAUAUAUGUUACCGUCCGUUGUGCUGAUAUUAACAUUCUCCAUAGGUUGAUCAACUACAUAUACAUAUGUACCGUAAUUUCAAAUGGUUUCCGAGUCUAAGAUCUGAAUCGGUUUUUAUUGUACAAGUAAUAAUUCUUUUUAGAAAUUUACAAAUUGAAAAGACGAAGCUAUGACUUUUUUUUGCAAUCAAAAUACACUUUUUUUCAGACGUUUUUAAUAGAUUAUAAGCGAUUGAUUGUAAGAAAUUGUAUAAAAUAAAGGAAAAAAAAACUCGAUAGAAAUCAAAA